AAAUCUGUUUUGGAACAGGGGAGGUUAUCAAAUAAAAUUAAGCAGACAGCUGACAGACCAAUUAUUUAAAGAUCUUCAAGUAUAUGGCGUUAUACAUGAGAAUGGGUGGGUAUAAAGAGAAAAUUGGCAAAGUCAGAGAGAGUACCAAUAGAUUGGAAUCUUAAAGGAAUUAACCAAACUAAGAGGUUUUCCUAUAUUUAAGAUCAGAAUCAGGCAGGAUACACAUAAUGAGUCUACACAUGAUAACACAUGCUGUAAUGUUUGCUGUAAUAGCAACAUUAGUAAAGAAAUACUUCCAAGUUCUUUAUCAGCUGGAUGAUUUACAAGAUAGAUGUCUGUAUGCAGAAUGGGAGCAUUCAAACAAAGCAGAUUUAAAUACACACAAAACUCAAGAUGAAUCUCAGAGCAACAUGAAAUUCCAUUCUUUAGAAACAUGUCAGUCACAUUUUAAAACUCAUGUUUGCCAUUUUAGAAAUCUAUGUUAUCAGCCAAAAGAAAAUUUGUUUGUUUUUUUCUAUAACAAGGAUGAAAUGAAAUAUAGUUCCAUAAAAAGAAAUAACAAACCAUCACUUUCAACUCCGGCUGAUUUCACAGGACACGAACUACCACUUACAUUUCUAAGUGAAAAAUUUUCAUCACAAUUCAGUGUCAGAUGGAUAAAUAAAACUAGUUAUAUUUUCAAUCGUUUCAAGUCCGACAAUCUGAUGCAUGUUAUUCAUGAUGACUUACUACCUUUACAUUUCACAAUGAAACAUUUUGAAAAUUUGAAAUCAAAGGUUGCUGCCUUGGAUAAAUUUGAUGCACAGAUUGUAUUUAUGGAUGACUGGCCUCCAGGUGAUUACAGAGCAUUGUAUGAACUUUUUACAAGUUCUCAACCUCAGUAUCGAAAAGAUUUACUUGGUAGUGAACAACAAUAUGGUAAAGAUGGGAGAGAACUUUUAUGUUUCUCAAGUGCAAUAGUUGGUCUUUUAACAGAUACUUUAUGGUAUAAUUAUGGGUUUGUAGAGCCACAAGGCCCUAUAUUAGACUCCACAGUUAAUGCUCAUCAAAUUAAAUCGACUAGUCACUUUAUUUUACAUCAUCUGGAUUCAAGUGCUCAACAUUUAACAGAUUUCAUAGUCUUAAUAUCCAGGAAAGAAAAUCGUAGAAUUAUGAAUGAAAAUGAUCUAGUCCAAGCAAUUUUAAAAGAAUUUUCAAUGAAAGUUGUAACAAUAAGUAGUGAAACACAUUCAUUAACAGAUAUGAUAACCCUUGUGUCUGAUGCCAAGGGUGUAAUAGGAAUGCAUGGAUCAUUGUUAACUUUAGCCAUGUUUUUAAAACCAGGUUCUUUCAUAUUAGAACUCUUUCCCUAUGCUGUGUCACCUGAUCAAUAUACACCAUACAAGACAUUAGCCAACAUCAAUGGUAUGGAUAUUAAUUAUGCCUCUUGGGAAAAUUCAGAUCAGAAAUCUACAGUCGGCCAUGUUGAUUAUCCACCAGAGCAUGGAGGUCUGAUGCAUUUACGGUCAGAUGUACAGAAGGCAAUUAUUAACCAGAAGAAAGUACCCAAACAUUUAUGUUGUGAUGAGCCUUCUUGGCUUUAUCAUAUUUAUCAGGACUCUUUUGUAGAUAUCAGUGCAAUCUUAAAUUUAAUCAAAACAGUCAUGAAUAAUGGAAAGAAUACAAAAAGUAGACAUUCUACAUAUCUUGAAACGCCAUCUGAAAUUAGAAAUCUCAUCUGUAAAGUUAUAAAGGAGAAAACUUGUUCAAUUAAUAUAUCAUGGGAAAUACCAUGGAACAUUCAGUUCUUAACUUUUGAAAAACUCAACUAUGAAAUUAUUCUUGAGGAGAGUGCUGUAGAAGCUUCAGUUAAAUAUGUAACAGACAAAUUAAAAUUAGAUAUGCAUGACAGAAUAGACUGUGAAAAAGAUUACAUUGUUUGGGGAAAAGCUGUGGUAGAUGGUGUGUCACAUGACAAUUAUAUAAGUAAAGAUUGUCAUAUUUAAUGUGCAAUUUAAAUUUCAUGGAUACUUAUUUCUUUCUUUCCUAGUCUUGUCAUUGCUUGUUUUAUAUGUUCUGUUUAUUGUUUUUGUGUGAUUAUUGUCACACCAAUGUUUUGGAAGAUUACAAUGUGUUGAUUUUU